AUGUAUGCAAUGAGAACAGAGUACCUUGGAAAAUAUUCGAACAAUAUUUCAUUAGCUGUUGGUUUUGGUGGUUCUUCUGGAGUUUCUGUUGUUUCAGUUCCUUCUGUAGGUUCUGUUGGAGUUUCUGCAUCUCUUGACUUCAAUGCUUUUGCUCUCAAAGACCUAA